GGGCCCAGGACUCACCUGGACAAGGGGAGGGGCCAGGACUCACCUGGACAGGAUCAGGGGCCCAGGACUCACCUGGCUGGGCUCAGGUCGUCCCCGCUGCGCCUCCGAAGCGAGCCGGGACGCGCCGAUGCCGUGGCCACCUCCGUCCACUCUGCCGGACGCCCCCUUCCCCAACCGGGCCCUGGCCGCGGUGGCCGCGGCGGCCGAGGGGCUGCUAGCCCCCGGCUACUGGACUCUGGACCGGCUGCUGGCCCUGCGGCCCACCACGGCGCAGCGCGCGCGCUGGAGUCGGCGCCGGGCCGGGCUCUGCCUCGCCGUGGGCGCCCGGGUUCUGGCGGCGCCGGCGCUGGUUCUGGCGCUGCUGUUGGCGCUGCCUCCGGCCCUCCUGGGGCUACUGCUGUGGCUACCGGCGCAGGCCAAACGCCGGCCCUUCGUCCACCAGCGCGCGGCCGCCGCGGCCGCGCCGGAGCCGUGGGACCCGCGGAGUCGCAGAGGGUUCACCUUCCUGAGCGCCAACCUGUGCCUGCUGACCGGCGGCCUGGCGCGCUUCAGCAACCUGGGCAACACCCGGCGGCGAGCGGAGGCCGUCGGCCGGCUGCUGGCGCCCGGAGCGCCGGCGGAACGUUCCGGACGACGCGACGGGCUGCUGGAGCAGUGGCGUGGCGAGGGCAGGGGCUACGGGGGCACCGAGGAUCGGGACGGCGAUUCGGGAAUGGGGAUGGACGGGGUGGAUCCGUGGAUGGUGGCCGGUGCGGCGGCACCGGCGGCCAACGCGACGAUGUGGGCGGGGAUGCCGACGGCCGACCCAACGGCGAUGGCCGACCGAAUGCCGAUGGACAACCCAAUGUCGAUGGCCUACUCAACGCCGGUGGCCGACCCAAUGUCUAUGGCCAACCCAACGUUGAUGGUUGACCCAAUGCCUAUGGCCAACCCAACACCGAUGGCCAAGCCAGCACCGAUGGCCGACUCAAUGUCUAUGGCCAACCCAACGCUGACGGCCAACCUUUGGCCAACCGCUGCCUCGGCGCCGACGCCGGAGCUGCCGAUGACCGACCCGACCUCGGGACCUGCCCCGUCACCGAUGACCGACCCCGGGCCGGAACGGCCGAUCCCGCUGCCUGACCCGAUGCCCCCGGUGCUGACCACCCGCAUCCCUCCGGACGUCGACUUCCUGUGCCUGCAGGAAGUGUUCGACGCCGCCGCGGCCGCCGCGCUGCGCCGACGGCUCGGCCGCCGCUUCCCUCACGUGUUGUGGGGGGUGGGCCCGGGGGGGCUGCGCUGCGGCCGCCUGCGGGUGAUGGGCAGCGGCCUGCUCCUGGCCAGCCGCUUCCCGCCGCUGGCCGCUCGCUUCCACGCCUUCCCCAACGGCGCCCGCGAGGACGCGCUGGCCAACAAGGGGCUGCUGGUGGCCCAGGUGCUGUUGGGGACAGGGCGGGGCCGGCGCGUCGUGGGGUACCUGGGCUGCACCCACCUGCAGGCGCCCGCAGCCGAUGCCACCAUCCGUGACGUUCAGCUGUCCCUGGUGCUCCGGUGGCUCCGGGAGUUCCGGCGGGAGCAGGAGCAGCGCGGGGACCUGGUGGCCUUCGACGUCCUCUGUGGGGACGUCAACUUCGACAACUGCUCCAGGGGUGACGCCCAGAACCAGCAGCACCCCCUGUUCAAGGAGUUCUGGGACCCCGCACGCCGCGAGGCCGGCCAGGACCAGCCCUGGGCCAUCGGGACUCUGCUCGACUGCCUCAAGAUCUACGAGGAGCCCGUGUCCACCCCUGAGAAGAUGGAGAGGACCCUGUCCCAUCCCUGGGGACGCCAGCAGUUCCUGGCGGGUCCCAUCCUGUCCUGCGGGGCUCUGGACCCGAUGGCCCCGCGGCCGUGGCAGGGCCGGAGAGUGGACGUGGCUCUGCUGAGGAGGGACCCCGAGCUGAGCACCGAGGUCACCCGGUACUCGGUCAUCACCCAGCUGGCCACUCUGACUGACCACUUACCCGUGGCCUUGCGGCUGCGCCUGGGGCCCGCUGACCUCUGACCCCGAUUCGACCACGGCUCGGACACGGCUCGGACACAGCUGUGACCUUGGUGUGACCACAGCUCCAGCCACUGCACUGACCACAGCACUGACCACAGCUCUGACCACAGCUCUGACCACAGCUGUGACCACAGCACUGACCACUGCACUGACCACAGCUGUGACCACAGCUCUGACCACAGCACUGACCACAGCUCUGACCACAGCUGUGACCACAGCACUGACCACUGCACUGACCACAGCUCUGACCACAGCACUGACCACAGCUGUGACCACAGCUCUGACCACAGUACUGACCACAGCUCUGACCACAGCUCUGAUCACUGCACUGACCACAGCACUGACCACAGCUCUGACCACAGCUCUGAUCACUGCACUGACCACAGCACUGACCACAGCUGUGACCACAGCUCUGACCACUGCACUGACCACAGCUGUGACCACAGCUCUGACCACAGCACUGACCACAGCUGUGACCACAGCUGUGACCACAGCUGUGACCACAGCUCUGAUCACUGCACUGACCACAGCACUGACCACAGCUCUGACCACAGCUCUGAUCACUGCACUGACCACAGCACUGACCACAGCUCUGACCACAGCACUGACCACAGCUGUGACCACAGCUCUGACCACAGCUGUGACCACAGCACUGACCACAGCUGUGACCACAGCUUUGACCACAGCUCUGACCACAGCACCCCAGAGCUCCCGGCUUUGUAACUGCCCCGGGGAUAACGGGGGACGCGAUCGAUGGUGAUAUUGAUCCGGUAUUGGAACACGAUCCGUCCGUUCUUGGUCCAGCAUUGAUCCGGUAUCGGAACCGGAUCAGUCCGGUAUCGAUCUAACAUUGAUCGGGUGUUGGAACAGGAUCAAUCCGGUAUUGAUCCAGCAUGGAUCCGGCAUCAUUCCGGUAUCAAUCCAGCCCAGACUGGGCAUUCAUCCAGUAUUGAUCCAGCACGGAUCUGUAUUGAUCCGCAAUCAGCCAGACUUCGCUCUAGUGUUGGGGCGAAGUUCAUGAUGGGACUUUGGGAAGUUCAUGAUGGGACUUUGGGAAGUUCAUGAUGGAAUUUUGGAAGUUCAUGAUGGGACUUUGGGAAGUUCAUGAUGGGACUUUGGGAAGUUCAUGAUGGAAUUUUGGAAGUUCAUGAUGGGACUUUGGGAAGUUCAUGAUGGGACUUUGGGAAGUUCAUGAUGGAAUUUUGGAAGUUCAUGAUGGGACUUUGGGAAGUUCAUGAUGGGACUUUGGGAAGUUCAUGAUGGAAUUUUGGAAGUUCAUGAUGGGACUUU